AAAACAGUAAUUUGAUGAUCGGAGUGAAGUCAAAUGCAACUGUGGACAUAGCAACAAUAACUGCCGGAAACACACACUCAAACCAGGAAUGUGGUGGUAACAAUGGUAAAAAGCCACAAAGAAAACAGCUAAAGAUAAAACCACCUAGAGGUGUGGUGACAGCCGCUGAUAUGUAUGAACCUGGUUUCCGGAUACGUAAUGCAGGCCUUUGUUCCAAUAGCACUAGGUUWUUAGUGCUGAUCACUUCAGCAGCAGAUCCAACACAUUCUCAAAACCGACAAGCUAUUCGUAUGACAUGGAUGAACCGAUAUGGUCCAAGUGUGAGCAUGGCAUUCCUAGUAGGAACACCUCAAAUGUCUGAGGCAGACCCAGUGGCUCGAGUACUGCAGGACGAAGAACAAGCACUAAAGAUCCGUCUAAAUCAGCACAAUAUUGAUAAUAAUAUCAAACCGAAAGAGAAAGAAAAAUUAGAAGAACCUCUGAAUGGUGAUCCUAGGUUGUACCAAUUUUCGCUAGACCAAAAACCAAAUCCUGGAGAAGGCUUAGACGCGCAUGCUAUGCAUGGACUGAACGAAGCAGAACAGGCUGUGCAACGAGUAUUAGGACGAGAAUAUGGUCGAUAUGGUGAUUUGAUACAGUGCCAGUCUCGAGACACUUACACAAACUUGACUCUGAAAUCUAUCGCUGCUCUUGAAUGGACCCGUCAAUAUUGCCCAUGGGCUCGGUACCUAUUAAAAACAGAUGAUGACAUGUUCAUUGAUGUACGUAGACUACUGCGAUUCAUCAACAAAGUGGAAACCGAAAAUGUUACAGAUUCUAGUGCUAGCGGACAUCAUUCUCGCCCCCUUGAACCCAUAAAUAACUCAAAUGAAUUAUUCACCGUAGGCACAGAUAUGUUUGAGUCUGAAAACACCCCUAGUUUUGAAAUUGAACUGCCGCCUACUAUAUGGGGACGACUAGCACACGGUUGGCGUCCAAUUCGACAACUUAAUAGUAAAUAUUAUGUUUCCCAAACACAAUAUGCUGGUCAAGUUUUUCCAGAUUUUUGCACGGGACCAGCUUACCUUAUGACUAGGUCAGCAGUUAUUCCUUUGUAUGAGGCGGCACUAGAUAAAGAUUUUGACAUUGUCGAUGAUGAAGACGAAGAUGGUAAUCAGGAAAACAAAAAGAAUAACAAUGAAGAAGAUUUGGAUGUAAAACCAUAUUUAGGAAAAGACUGUGGUGAUGGUAAUCAGACGUUAGAUGCUGGUAAUGAUAAAGCAACAUCAAGUGUAUAUGUAAGCAAAAAUACUAUGCCGUACUUGAAACUGGAGGAUGUAUAUUUAACUGGAGUUGUGGCUGAGCGGCUAACGCGCCGAGCAACAGAGCGACAGGCACGCCGAGAGCUCAAGGAAAAAGAAAAAAUCUCUUCAAGUGCUGGUGAUCAUAAUCAAAAAUCAAGUAAUGCUAAAGGUGUUGGAGACCAUAGUCGUCUUGAUAGUGGUAAAAAUACAAAGCUGAAAACAACAGAUAUAAUUGUGAAGGUGCGACGCAUCCAUGAUGAACAAUUUGCAAACACUAAAAUCACUGGCCAAGCAUUGGAUCGAGCUGUAUGCAAUGGUCUUAAUCCCAGCGAUAAUGUCGGUACUAAUGGGAACAAUGGUUUUAGUUGGUUCCAAUGGUAUUGGGGUGAUACAGCUCUGGACAAAAACUUAGAAAAAAAUAAAAAAGAUCAAGGAGUAAUUUCUUUGCACAUGGUCAAGUAUUACGAGCAGUUUGAUUUAUGGAACAGGCUAAUGGACGGUAGGACUAAGUGUAAGUCAUAAAACUAAUCUUUUAAGAAUUUGUGCAUUUUUUUAUUGCAUUGCAACCACCUUCUCAGCUUUUCUGUGUAUAUAAUAGUUGCCUAGAUUAUUUUUUUUAUACUUUUCAUCAGCUAGCAAUUUUCUUAAUAUUUAUUUUUUUAUCAAUGAUUU